GACUACAAAAUGAAUAUAGAGAAUCUCAAAGACAUAAUAAAAGACAUGUUUUUGGUGACUGAUUGGAUCACAAAAUUGAAGUUAGUGAACCAAAUUGAUAUGCUGUGUUUGAAUAACCAUUUUGAGACCGAGAUCAAAGAAACUAUAGACGUUGUGAUGUUAAUGUAUCACAAUGAUGGCAAUGUGCAUGAGAUAAGACACGACGCGUUAUCUUUAAGGAUACUCAGACAAUACGGCUUCAAAGUUUCACAAGAUGUUUUUAGGGGCUUUGUGAAUAGAGGAUGUGAUAACAACAUUGAUGUUCAGGAACUUAUUGCAAUUUUUGAGGCAUCACAUUUAGGAUCAGAAAGUGAGAGUUUACUAGACAAUGCAAAAAUCUUGUCUACAAAAUUACUUGAAAAUAAAUUCUCGAAUAUAAAACAAACUCGAGAAGCUCUACAACUUCCUUUGAAUAGGAGAGUGUUGUGGUAUGAUCUGAAAAGGCGUAUAUCUGAUUUCAAAAACUCAGAUGAAGACAAUAUUGUGUUACUUAACCUAGCAAAACUUAACUUCAACAAUGUCCAAGCCAAUCACCAUCAAGAACUAGGGAUACUAAUAAGAUGGUGGAAGAAACUUGGACUGAUGGAGCAUUUAAGCUUUACGAGGGACCGAGUCGUCGAAAGUUAUUUGUGGAGUGUUGGAGUCAAUUAUGAACCUCAACAUAAGAGUUUUAGAAAAUGGUUGACCAAAGCUAUAACAAUGGUCAUAGUUAUUGAUGAUGUAUAUGACUUGUUUGGAUCAUUCAAAGAACUUGAAUGCUUCACCAAUGCCAUUAUUAGGUGGGAUCUUCAUGAAGUAGAUCUACUCCCAAAUUGUAUGAAAGUAUGCCUAGAAGCACUUUUUAGCUUGACAGAAGAGACUGCUCUCGAAAUACAAACAGAGAAGGGUGGGAUAUUAGUUCUUCCUCAUUUGAAAAACGCGGUACAUUUAUUUUUAAUACUUUACAACUCUUUUUUCCUCGUACUUUUUAUAGAUUCUUUUAAUAUUGUUACAUUAAUUAUGUUUAUAGUGGGCGGACUUUUGCAAAGCAUUAUUUAUGGAAGCAAAGUGGUACAAUGAGUGUUACACACCAACACUUGAAGAAUAUCUAGAUAAUGGACUGGUUUCAUCCUGUGGUCCUUUGCUUUCUCUUAUUACCUUUUUUUCAUUUGUCAAUGAAUUGCAAGAAGAGUCUAUGAAUUAUCUUCUACAAGACACUAAGGACAUUGUGCACCAUAUUUCAAUCAUUGUUCGACUGUGCAACGACAUAGGAACUUACAAGGCUGAACAAGAAAGGGGAGAUGCUCCAUCAUCCAUCUUAUGUUUCAUGAAAGAAACAAAAUUUACCGAAAGUUUGGCAAGGGAUCAUAUUGAAAGUCUUAUAUCUGAAACAUGGAAGAAAAUUAAUGGAAUAAGCGUUAAUUAUUCUACUAUAUUGCGACCCUUUGUCAAGUGCGUUACUAAUAUUGCACGAGUGGCACAUUUCAUUUACCAUGCUGGAGACGGGUUUGGUAUCCAAGAUGGUGAGACUAAGAAGCAAGUCAUUUCCUCCCUUAUGGUUCCAUUUUCAAUUGAAGGUUGAGUUCAUAAUUUGUUUCAAAUGAAUAUAUAGUUUCAUGUAUUAUGCAUUACAAUAAGAGGAGUCGUAACUGAAGCAUGUAGUCGAGUCAAUGAUGUACUUUUCAUAGUUACCUAUAUAUGUAUGUAAUUUGUAUGUUUCUUUCUGCCACUUAUAGGGUGUUUUUUUCUCUAAAAAUGUUAUUU